AUGUUCUCUGCUACUUCUGGGGCUGUGCGCAUCGCCGCCCGCCGCAUUGCCCCCCGAGCCGCCUCCAUCGCUGUCGCGCCGAUAUCGAAGGCCUCCCUCGGUCGAGCCACCAACAUUGCCCAGGCCCGCGCCCUCUCUUCUACGGGACGUCUGUCCUAUGAAAAAAACCCGAACCCGCCCUUGGGCAAAAAGAAUGCCUCCAACGACACGCCGACUCGGAUUGGCCUCAUUGGAGCCCGAGGCUACACAGGCCAAGCCCUGAUCGACCUUCUCGACGAGCACCCCAAUAUGGACCUUCGACAUGUAUCUUCUCGAGAACUCAAUGGCCAGGAACUCAAGGGAUAUACCAAGCGCAAGAUCGUCUAUGAGAAUCUGUCCCCCGAGGAGGUAGCGCAACUGGACAAGGACGGCAAGGUCGACUGCUGGGUUAUGGCUCUCCCCAAUGGUGUAUGUCUGCCUUUUGUGCAAGCGCUUGGCCAGAGUUCGAGCUUGAUCAUCGAUCUCUCCGCCGACUACCGAUUCGACAGCACCUGGGGGUAUGGACUUCCUGAAUUAGUUCAGCGAAGCAAGAUUGCCCAAUCGACGCGCAUAAGCAAUCCUGGGUGCUACGCGACAGGGUCGCAACUAGCUUUGGCCCCCAUCCUGGAACACUUGGGAGCCACGCCCACCGUCUUCGGCGUGUCGGGUUACAGUGGUGCUGGCACAAAGCCUUCCCCGAAGAACGACAUCAACGUUCUUCGUGAUAACCUUUUGCCGUACAGCUUGACUGGACAUAUACACGAGCGAGAAAUCAGCCAUCAGCUUGGUGUACCGACAGCAUUUAUUCCGCACUGCUCCUCCUGGUUCCGCGGCAUUCACCUGACCAUCAAUAUCCCCUUGAAUAAGACAAUGACUUCUCGAGAUAUCCGUCAGAUCUAUCAAGACCGAUAUGCUGGCGAAAAGCUUGUAAAGGUCAUCGGUGAAGCUCCACUUGUGAAGGCGAUCCAAAACAAGCACGGAGUUGAGAUUGGAGGGUUCGCUGUUGACAGCAGCGGCAAGCGUGUCGUCGUCUGUGCCACAAUUGACAACCUGAACAAGGGUGCUGCCACACAAUGCUUGCAGAACUUAAACCUCGCGCUCGGCUACGACGAAUGGCAGGGAAUUCCUAUCGAAUGA